AUGUCUUCGCGUGAUGUCACUUUAAUUCCAAUUGUAAGAGAACGUUUACGUGUACAAUGUGCUAAAUGUGGUAUUAUUAAAAAGAUUGUUGUACAUGAUGCUCAUCCAGACGGUGUUGUCAGUGUCACAUUUUCUACACCAGAAGAAGCAGAUACUGGAAUUAAAUUUCUAUCCAAAGCGUUAUUUGUUGAUUAUCCUGGUACAGGUGGAGCUAGACAGCUGGAAGCAGAACGUUGGGAUGGUAAAACCAACUAUACUGUAUGUGAAUCUAAAGAUAAAGAAGCUAGCCGACUACAAAGUUGGGAUGAAUAUCUUGGCGGUGAUGAUAGUUCUUCAUCAGAUGAAGGGACGAAUACACAAACUAAUCAUAGUAAUAAUAAUAAUGAUGAGAAUAACAUUGUCAAUGAUGACAGCCGUGGAGUGAGCACGACUACAACUACUACUACUACUAGGAAUUCACGAAAAUCGGAACUGGCAUUCGAUGUACCUUCCGAUUAUUGGGAACAUUUAAGUGAAGAAAGUCAAUCCAGUGGUGUAGAUACAGAUGAGAAUGAUGGUAGUGGAGCUGAGACAUCUUGAUUUACAUUCAUUAUAUAUAUAUUCCCACCACACUACAUUUCUAUUUAUUAUUUACUGUACAAAUUACCUCUUCUGUAUAAAAAAAAACUAUUGAUACAA